ACAGGAAUGCAAGGGUCAUCGCUUCUUCCAGGACUCUGCUUUCUGCUAACCUUGUCAGGAGUCGUGGCUCAGAAAACCAAAGGGACCUGUCGUUCGUGUCCCUCACAUUCUUCCUGUGUCAAUGCCACUCACUGUACCUGCAACCAUGGAUACAUUUCUGAAUCCAGGCAGAGAUACUUCACAUUCCCCUUGGAGACAUGUAAAGAUAUUGAUGAAUGUACACCACCCAUUAGUAUAUAUUGUGGUGUGAAUGCUGAAUGUCAGAAUACCAAAGGAAGUUUCUACUGUCACUGUAAGGCUGGAUAUAAAGCCCACUCUGGGAAAGCACAAUUCAAUAAUUCCAAUGAGAACACUUGUCAGAAAACCACCCCCCCAGAGAAAACCAGUGGCAUGAAAGAGUUGCAACAGGUUGUUGAGAAUAUCGAGUCACUUCUCACCAAUGAGACUGUAUGGGGAACGGAAAAGACGAAAAACACAACCACGUUCACAUCUAUUCUCCAGAAAAUUGAAUCAGUUGUUCUAGAAGCUGCCUUGAAAGCCCCAGACCAAAAACUCCAGAAAGUCCAAAACCGUACUGUGGCUGUUGAAACUCGAGUUGUUACAGACAAUUGCUCCACAGGAGUCAUCUUCAACUUGAGCGCCCUAAUGAACUCCAUGAAUAUCCGCUGCAGUGACAUCAUCCAGGGAAAUACACAAGGUCCCAGCGCAGUUGCCUUUAUUUCAUACUCUUCUCUUGGAAACAUCAUAAAUGCAACAUUUUUUGAAGAGGUGAAUGAGAAAGAUCAAGUUUACCUGAACUCCCAGGUAGUGAGUGCCGCUAUUGGACCCCAAAGGAACACAUCUCUCUCCCAGCCUGUGACUCUAAGUUUUCAGCACGUGCAGAUAAAGCCCAGUAUCAAAAAGGUCUUCUGCGUCUACUGGAAAGGUACAAAGGAGGGCGGCCACUGGUCCACGGAGGGCUGUUUCCUGAUACAAGCAAACAAGACUCACAGCAUAUGCAAUGCCACUCACCUGUCCAGUUUCGCUGUCCUCAUGGCCUUCGACACACAGGAGAAGGAUCCCACACUGACUGUGAUCACCUAUGUGGGGCUGAGCCUGUCUCUGCUGUGCCUCCUCCUGGCAGCCCUCACCUUCCUGCUGUGCAAAGCCAUCCAGAGCACCAGCACUUCGCUCCACCUGCAGCUCUCACUCUGCCUCUUCCUGGCCCACCUGCUCUUCCUAACAGCCAUCGAUAGAACUGAGAUCAAGGUGCUAUGUGCCAUCAUUGCAGGUGCCUUGCACUAUCUCUACCUGGCCUCCUUCACCUGGAUGCUGCUGGAGGGCCUGUACCUCUUCCUCACUGCACGCAAACUGACGGUGGUCAACCACUCCAGUAUCAACAGGUUCAUGAAGAAGCUCAUGUUCCCAGUGGGCUACGGAGUCCCGGCUGUGAUCGUGACCAUUUCCGCAGCAUCCAGGCCUCAUCUUUAUGGAACACCUGAUCACUGCUGGCUCGACCUGAACCAGAAAUUCAUCUGGGCUUUCCUCGUCCCCGUCUGUGCCAUUAUCUGUGUGAAUUUUGUAUUUUUUAUCUUGGUUCUUUGGAUUUUGAAAAGAAAACUUUCCUCCCUCAACAGUGAAGUGUCAACCAUCCAGAAUCUAAAGAUGCUGACACUCAAAGCAACAGCUCAGCUCUUCAUCCUGGGAUGCACAUGGUGUCUGGGCGUCUUGCAGUUGGGCUCAGCUGCCCGUGUCAUGGCCUACCUCUUCACCAUCAUCAACAGCCUUCAGGGUUUCUUCAUUUUCUUGGUCUACUGCCUCCUCAGCCAGCAGGUAAACUCCUUUCCUUUGAUGUUCCAGGUCCGAAAGUGGUUUGGUGAGAUCAUCAAAUCUAAAUCUGAGCCUGAGACUCAUACACUUUCCAGCAGGUUUGGUCCUGACUCAAAACCCAGUGAGGACAAGUGAAAAUACUAAAACUAGAACAUUCAGCUCCUCAUGGAAAGCCAUACAUGUGGAUCUCGUUGGCAUCAUAAAGAAUGAAAGUGGGGACAAGAAGAAU